AUGUCUAUUGCCAUAAAGCAAGCAUUUGGGAAGAAGAUUCCAACAAAUAUUCCUAAAGUUCGAAUUGACAAUAUUUUGUUUCACUCUAUGGAGAAUAUUGAAAAAUGGAAAUUUGUUUAUCAAAGAAGUUUAGCACUGGAAAGGGAAUUGGGCAAAGAUGCUUUUGAAUGCAAAGAGGUGAUGAGUCUGAUUCAAGAGGCUGGAUUGAAUGAAACUGUAACUAGAUUUGGCAAGUGUUAUGAAAUUCUUGUUAAAGAAUUUAUUGUGAACAUCUCUAAGGAAUGUGAUAACAAGAGGAGCAAGGAGUCUAGAAAAGUGUAUGUCAGAGGAAGAUGUGUAGAUUUUUCUCCUGAAAUAAUAAAUAGGUUUUUGGGCAGAAAUGAAGAAGACCAAGCUGAAGUAGAAGUCUCUGACAAUGUUAUCUGGACUAAGUCAAGUUUUAACUUUGGAUCUUAUGUCUUUGAUCAAACUAUGAAGCAUGUUACCUCUUAUGAUGUGAAGAUGCCAAUAGCUUUUCCCUCAUUGAUCUGUGGUGUUAUUUUGAGUCAACACCCAAGUAUCUUAAUCAGUUCUAACAACAUCGGCAAAAGGGACCCUCCUCUCUCAUUACAUUAUAGGAUCUUCACUAGGAAACAUGUUCCAGAAAUUAUCAUGGCAUAUGGACAAACAUAUUACAUGCCUACUACUAGAACAUGCAUCAGUGCUGAGCUAAAAGAUACCUGCAAGACCUUGGAUGAAACUAUCAAAAGAUGUACUAGGAGGAAAAACAAGAUUGAAAUAUUGAUAAAGGCCUUGUCUAAAGAAGAAGGAAUGUUGAAAGGUGAUGGAAUAGGUGAAGAAGAGGAAAAUGAAUAA